AUGGACGACCCUCUCCCAACAGAGCUCCGCCUCCUGACCCUCAACUGCUGGGGCCUGAAAUACAUCUCCAAGCUCCGCCCGGAGCGCCUCUCUGAAAUCGGUCGCCGCAUCGCCACCUCCCCGGACCCGCCGCACGUCGUCGCACUCCAAGAGUGCUGGGUCACCGCCGACUACGAUGCCAUCCGCGCCGAGACCGCCGCCAUCUUGCCCCACGGCAAGUUCUACUACUCGGGCCCCUUUGGCGGCGGCCUCGCCAUCCUCUCCCGCUGGCCCAUCGAGGAGAGCUCCAUGCUCCAGUACCCGCUCAACGGCAGGCCGACCGCCUUCUGGAGGGGCGACUGGUACGUCGGUAAGGGAAUCGCCUGCGCGCGCAUCCGCAUCCGCCUCGCGGACCCCGGGGCCGCCACAUCCGGAGGCGGCGGCGGCGGCAGAGACCACGUCCUGAGCAUCUUCAACACGCACACCCACGCCCCCUACACCGAGAACCAGCCCGGCGACACCUACAUCGCCCACCGCCUCGCCCAGUCAUGGGAGAUGUCCAAACUCCUCCGUGGUGCCACAGAGCGCGGCCACCUCGCUCUCGCUAUGGGCGACUUCAACAUGCGGCCCUGCUCCCUCCAGCACAGGAUCAUCACCGCCCACGCUCCCGUCCGCGACGUCUGGCGAGCCCUCCACCCGGACUCAUCCCUUGGCGCCGCGGACGACCCCUUGGAGAAGGCGCGCGGCAGACCAGUCCCCUCGGUAGACUUCAACCUAAAGGAGAACGGCGCCACGUCGGACCUCGUCUACAACACCUGGCGCUGGUCCAAGGAACAGCAGAAGAAACUAGGCGAGGGCAAAGACCCCACCGUGAUCCCGCCAGAUACCCCCGACAGAAAGGGCAAGCGCCUGGACUACAUCUUCUUCGGCAGCAGCUCGCCGCCCUCCCGAGACAGUGACCAUGGCAGCGGCAGUGGCGGCUGGGUCGUCCGUAGCGCAAAGGUCGGCAUGGUUGAGCCGCAUCCCACGUUGGGCUGCUCUCUGAGCGACCACUUCGCCGUCGAGGCAACGCUAGCAUACCAGAACUCCCACCACCAAGGCUUCAAUACAGCGGGAUACGAUGCCAGCCUCGACGAGACAUCCUACCUCCAGGACGCUUCAGCCAGCUCCCAUCGUGACUCCUUCAUGUCCGAGAAUACCCCCGUUUCCGAGGGUUCGGGUCUUCCUAUGCCAGUCUACGAUGAGAUUCUCGCUGUGACCCGUGAGUACAUCCACCGGGAGGAAAAUCAACGGCGCUGGCGGGGGAGACACUUCUUCGCAUGGUUUGCCGUGUUGAUAGCGUGCCUUAUAGCUGUGUGGUUCAGCCCACACACUUUUGUCGCCUUCAUUCUCAUGCUCCUGAGCAGUCUCGGGCUUGUUGCCGGUGUCGUUGACGGCCUCAUGUCACUUCUCUUCUUCAAUACAGAACUCAGGGCCCUGAAGGAGUUUGAGUGGGAAAUCACAAAUGCCAAAACGAUGGCGCGUGAAGCUGUCCAAGGAGAGGGAAAAAGGAGAGAAAAAUCAUGA